UUCAAGAAACUAUCCAAAAACCAAGAAAACUCACCAGAAAAAAAAAAUGGGUACAGAAAUAAUAGCCUAUCGUCCAGCAAUAGGAAAAAUCUACACUGAUCCACACACCUACAUUAAAUACCGUCUUGAAAAAGUAAUUGGAACUUCCGGUUUCGAUUUCGUUUACAAAGCUUCAUAUUACACACCAGAUUACUCUGAUAAUGGCAAUCUUCUUCCUUCUGGUUACGUUACUGUUAAGUAUCUUAGACCUGGUCAAGAUAUUGUACGUAGUCUUUCACAAGAACAAACCCCGGUUCGCAAUUAUGUUAACGUUGAUGCAUGGUUUAUACGUAGAUUUAAUGAUGGAUUUUGUACUGCAUUGAAGUAUAUGUCUGAAGGGUCGAUAAGAUAUAUGUUAUCUACUAGGUUUCAUUACGGGUUGCCUGAAGAUUGUAUUGCUAUUGUUCUUAAAGAAGCGCUUGUGGGCUUGCAUGAUAUUCAUAAUUCUGGUCAAGUUCAUAGGACUUUUAGUGCUGAGAAUAUUUUUGUGAAUUUCGUUAAUUCGAAUGUGGAAAUUAAAUUGGCUUUUGAGGCAACUGCUUAUGAAUCGGAUCUUGACUGUCCUACUGAGACGAAUGUUGAAAUUGAUCAUGGACCACAUGUUGUUUCCACUUCGGUACCACCACUGUCGAUAAUUUCAGAAUGGGCUGCUGCACCAGAGGUAUACAAUGCAUUAUAUGAUAAUGCUGCUAAAGAUCAAGAAGAAGAUCAAAAUUGUCGCACUUUUAAAUCAGAUAUGUGGCUAGUAGGCAUAGCUGCACUGGAAUUAGCCUAUGGAAAUAUACGAGCAAACAGUCGCGCAGAAUUUGAUGCAAUGAUCAACAAGAUAAGGUUGUCGAAACGAUUGCCAAAUAAGUUAGAAUAUCUGCUUGAGGAGAUUACGGCUGAAGAGGCUCAGAAAUUUGGGAAAAUGAAGGGAAUUGUUGAAUCAUUUUUUAAAGAUAAGCUGAAAUUAGGAAAAAAGAAAAGGGCGUUUUCAAAGGAAUUUGAGAAUGUUGUGUUGGAAUGUCUUAAUAAAAAAGCAGCAAAGAGGCCAACAAUUGAGAAGCUUUUGCAGAUGCCAUUUUUUCAGAAUGCUAAGGAUUUGAAGUGGUUUAAGAGAUGUGUGUUGCAUGCUAAAGGUCCAAUGCCUAUUGCUGAUUAUGGUUAUUAAUUGAAGACUUGGUGAUGAGGAUUUAGUGGAAUUGAUGAUCGAGAUCAGAAAUAUUAAAAAUGUAAAUAUAUUACGUACCCAUUUAUAGUCAUACUACAUACAUUUACUGUGACAAUUGAGAAAUAUUUUCCAGCCUUCAGAAUGUAAAGACAAAGGGCAUAUUACAUAGAAAAG